UUGUGAGCGUUUCUGGAGCAGAAGUUCUCCUCACAGACAGAGAGAGGCAGCAGGCAGCAGGCACCAUGGAGCCCCCCUCAGGCCAUUCCCGCAGACGGUGCGCCCCCUGGAACAGGCUCCUGCUGGCAGCCUCACUCUUAACUUUCUGGACCCCGCCCACCACUACCCAGCUCACUAUUGAAACGGUACCACCCCUUGCUGCAGAAGGAUCCAAUGUCCUGCUACUUGCCCACAACGUAACAGAGAAAACUCUAUGCUAUUUCUGGUACAGAGGAGAAAGGGUAGAAACCAUCCAGCUAAUUGCAUCAUACGGAGUAGCCACUAAUUUAAUUACCAAUGGGCCUGCACACAGUGGUCAGGAGACACUUUACCCCAAUGGAACCCUGCUGAUCCAGAACAUCACCCAGAAAGACACAGGAUCCUACACCCUGCUCAUUUUAAAGUUUGAUUUACAGACAGAAAGACAGACUGGACACCUCCACAUACACCACCCAGUGGCACGGCCCUCCCUCCAAGCCAGCAACACCACAGUCGCAGAACAUGAGGGUCCCGUGGUCGUGACCUGCCUCACAAAUGAGACUGGGGUCUCCAUACGCUGGUUCUUCGAAGGCCAGAGUCUCCUCCUCACAAGGGGGAUGACACUGUCCCUGGACAAUAGCACCCUCACUAUAGACCCCGUCAGCAGAAAAGACAAUGGGGAUUAUCAAUGUGAGGUCUCCAACAGGGGCAACUCCAGCAAAAGUGACCCCCUCAGGCUGCAUGUGAAAUAUAAGCCAACACCCGAAAGUUUCUCUGACCUCUCAGCUGGUGCCAUUGUCGGCAUCGUGAUUGGAGCUGUGGCUGGGGUGGCUGCUCUGGUGUAUUUUCUGUACAUCAGAGAAACUAGAUGGUCAAGUCACUCUGACAAUUCACCUGAAAAGGUUAAUGAAGUUGAAUAUUCCUCCGUGAACUUCAAUGCCCAGGAAUUAAAAAAGGAAGCAACUUCAGCCUCCCCAUCUCCAACACACACAGAAACCAUUCAGAAGUGAAAAAAAACAGUAAUGGAACCUGUCCUGCUUGUUGCACUGUUGACUUAUUCCAAGCGUCUCACCCCCAUCCCCAGGGUAUCCCUCUGCCCUCAGGGAAAAUGAGGAGAGAGUCUUCCCCCAGCUCCUUCGACCCCUAAUGAGGCUCCUCCAGGCUGCCUGGUCGCAGCCCCUUCCUUCAGUGUCAGUGGAUGAAAAGGCACAUCCACGAGGAGAUCUGUAGGAAACCAAAACUUCCUCGUCAUUGAAAUCUAGCAAAGCGGACCCUGGGAGAAAGUUGCCAGAACCUCUGCCUCUCCCCAUUUGCUGACCUAGACCAGUUGUAAACUUGUGUAUUCAGAACACAUUCAUUCCUUCCCACCUCAGUCCUAUUGGAGUCUAACAUGAAUUUGCCAUAACCUGCAGAAUGAUUUCUUAUCCACUGAAAUGCCUGUGCCAGAAAAGAAGAGCAAGGAGAAGGAAAACGAAGAGCUUCUGCACUCUGAAGCCCAGUGUGAAUCCACCAUUCACAGGAAGACACAUACAUGACCAGCUCUGAGCUGGGAAGUUCUACACCUUUGUCCGCUUUCAGGGUUGUCUACCUGCAGGAUCAGGGACUAAACAACUUACUACUUAGCUAGAAUACCAUCUAAACCUUUGAAAGCAUGCCUUCAGAGAACCCACUAGAAGCAACUUGAAAACAACUUCUCAGCAUUCAUAAGUGUAUCUUGAUGGAAACUGCAACAACAAACAAACAAAAAAACCGCACAUACUGUUUUAAUAAUACUGUGGGCUUUAUUCAAGGCAAUGCCCGGAGACUGAGGGGUCAUCAGUUUAUGGGGCAGUCAGCUCUUACCAGAUACAAUCUGCUGGGAUUGGGGAAAGGACUCAGAAAGUCACCCUGCAGAGAUUAUUUAAAUAAUGGUCAAAGAAUGUACAAUUUGGGGGUAUUGGUUGUUUUUUCCUUUCCUUCUGAGACAUUCUGCCACUUUAAUUUUUGUAACUGCUUGUUUAUGUGAAAGGGGUUCUGUUUAAUUUGCUGCAUAAGCCAAUCUGACCACUUCAGGGGGAAGAACCUACCAAAGCCCCUCAUGUCCCUCUGGCCAUGAGCUCCCUAAGCCUUUUGUGUCAGGGGCUCCGCACAGAAAAUAAGAAGUAGCAGUUAUCUACCUCCAUGGCCAGAAAUGGGUCUCACUCCGUUUCUAGGCAUCUCAGGCCAGUCAUCAACUGCCUUCUCUUCCGUGUUCCCGCCUGUGCCUGUUCUGUCUGUCUGCCCCGCUUACCUUCUCAGGAGCCUUCUUGAGAAGCAGGAGCGCCCUGAAGGGAACACGGCCCCUUGCGCUGUUAGUAUUGUUUACAGCCCAGGAGGCCGCACUGGUGCGCACGCUCCUUAGGACACAAGGUGCAGAUUAUGACUCAGCCCUGGGUUUCUUGAAGAGCCUCUGGAAUUCUUCUCCCAUGGGGUGCACGGGACCCAAUGUGUCGGCAGAGAAAGGGAGGAUGGGAGGAGGAGAGGUGCACCUGCUUCUCACCAGCCUUCUGCACAGACGGGGCCUCCUUGGGCUGCUGAGAGAAAGGCUUCAUUCCACCUUCUUGACGGACCUCCUGCUGUGUGGAACUGGCCCCCGAGAGGGGUGGCUGGGAGUGCUCUGUACUCAGGUACCUCUUUCAGGGUUUCCUCACCCUGAUACAGACUGUGUACACCUCCCCUCAUGCAAGCACUUCUGCAUAAUUUAAUUUUGCCUGGCUGAGGCCACUUCUGAAUGAUUUGUAAAAAUUGCUCUAUAUUUAUAAUAAAUAUUGUGUAUCAGAUAUCAA